GCCGUAGUGGUAACCGCUGCGCUACAUAGGAGGGAGUUUUGUUUUGUUUUGUUUUGUUUUGUUUUGAUCUAAAUAACUUUAAUGCUUUAUCUUACAUUCAGAAAUGGCUCAAAAUGUCCAGAACGUGACCCUGUCUCUGACAUUACCCAUAUCUUGUCAGAUUUGCCUCGGGAAGGUCCGAAAGCCGACGAUCUGCUGUAACCAUCAUGUGUUCUGCGCAACCUGCAUUGAGCUUUGGCUUCAGAAGAGCAGUCAGUGUCCCACCUGCAGAGUUCCCAUCACACCUGAAAACCCGUGCCGGGAAAUUAUCGGAGCUACAAACGAGAGCGAGUCCCGCGAAAGCCAUUCGGUCAGGAAGCAUCUGAGGAAGACGCGAGGGGAAUUACUGCUGCGAGAGUACGAGGAUGAACUGGAGGCUCUGCUGAAGGAGAAUGAGGAGCUGAAGAGCAGAAGCACGAGUCUGGAGUCACAGCUGAAGACCUCACUAAAGCCCGCCUCCACUCCGGUCUCCCCGAGCGACACUCCUCUCGACUCCGUCCUCCUGGAGGAAACGGCCAAUAAGCUGCGAGCUGCCACUGAGCUCUAUCAGAGAGUGCAAGAGGACAUGGGCAAGCUGAGAGACGCUAACAAGACUCUGCGCUCCCAGAACAUCGACCUGGUCCAGGAAAACCUGCGCCUCAGAGCCGAGGUGGAGAGCAGAUCUCCUCAGAAGUUUGGAAGGUACACCGUAGCAGCGUUGGAGGCUAAGAUCUCCCAGUACGAGCGAGAGAUGACUCAGCUGAAGAAGGCUCUGGAACGAAGUGAUGCUUAUAUCGAGGAGCUGGAGUCCCAACUGUCGAAACACCAGAGCGGGCCUUCAUCACAGAGCACUUCCUCUGAGCAGACUGUAGAUGGUAGGAGCUCAAAGCUGGACAAUACAUCUGCAGAUCCUUCAGACAGUCAGGGCUUCCUGCGUAUUCCUCCCUCUGGUGAAGCUUCAAGUUCUCAGAAGGACACGAUGGUGAACUUUGCCCUGCCCUCCGCUCCCCCUACCCCUUCCUCGGCUCUCAGCCGGUUGAGUCUGAAAAGCCCCGUGGUGCGGAGGGAGAAAAAAUCCGGCUGUAACCGCCUCCCAUAUCUCAGGAGGCUUAGCUUUGAUGACUGCGGAACCUCCAGCAGCUUCACGCCUUUUUCCUCGGUGGAACACGCUUCUCCUAAAAUCAGCGGCAAUCUGUUAGAGCAGAAAACUUCGGCAAAUUCAGCCAAUCGUCCGAGUGUGUGGAGCAGGUGGGAGGAGCCUUGUUCCAGUAUGUUCCACAGCACACUGGAAAGCAAGCAGAACAUCAGCGAGGGCGUGUGCUUAGCAGAGGAAGCUCGUAUGGACGCCGCGUUCCUCGACAUCGUCUCCGAACUCGACUCCAUGAUGGCCGAAGGGGAAAACUCUCGCUCUCACACGCCUCGGAUUCCGCCCGACUUCGAUGGCGCAUCGUUAGCAGAUCUGGUCGUCGAUCCUGAAUCGGACAGAGAGCAGCAGCAUGAUGCUGCAGAUGGACCAGAGAGCUUCGGUGAAUCUGUGAAGCGGAAAUGUUCCACUAUCUUAGCAACAUCCAGUCCGUCCAAACUGUCCAGGAUUAAAUAAUUUUGAUAAAAUCUCCAGUUUCCACAUGAGGACUUGAUCUGUGUUUAUCCGUCAACGAUUUUCUUAGCCGACAUUUACACCGAUUUCAGAAUGAGGUCAUGUGACACUGAUUAGCAGAUGACCAAUCACCAAUCUCGGAUGAGUUUGUAUUGUUCCUUUUCGAUUCAGCAUCAAACAUCAUUUGCAAAAAGAUCAUCUGGUCUUUAAGAUCAUCUGGUCUUCUCCAAACUGUGCUUCAAACCAGACUCUAUUAACUUUUCAGUGUGUUCUCCUGGAAGCGUCCAUACACAGAAAUGCAGUGAGCCAAUCAGAUGGAGAGCUCUGUAUCCAUGGGUAGAGCCUCAGAGGUGGAGAUUAGGGUCAGGUUAGGUUUUAUAGUGCAUUUAUUUUCAUUAUUUUUUUUUUCCUUUAUACCAGAGACUCUACUGUGCCUCAGGUAAUUAUUUAUUUCCUCAUGUUCUUUUGUUAAAAUGAUUUUUUUGGUCUGUAUAAUCCUCUGUGAAUGGCAGCUGUGUUCGUAUUAAAUGAACUUCUCACUUCAACCCUCCAGGAUUGUUAAUAGACCGGGCCGCCAUGUUGGAAACAAUUUUUUUGCUCUAACUUUUAAAUUACACCUCAAAGGUUGUGUUGUACAUCAUCCACUGUCCGAGUUGAAACUUGUACUAAAUAAAAUGUUGUAGUAUCAGUGCUCUGCUGUGACUUGUUUCAAAUCAGCCUUCAGACCUGGACAGAGUCGGUGUUCUUGGCUGAACCAGAGAUCCAGAUUUGUGCAAAUCAGCUACUACUUUAUUAUUAUUCUUUUUGGAUAAUUGUAAAAACA